AUGUCGGAAAAAACACCCCAUGAAGUCGACGAUGUCGGGGAGAAGACACACCAUGAAGUCAACCAUGUCGGGGACAACAGCGGCCGUCGCAAGUCCGUUGCUAUGAACAUUGUCGAAAACCCGCUGAAGCGGCACUCCGCCGAACAGACCGUCGAGAAUGCUCGUGUCUUUGCGGAGACCCACGGGAUGAGUGAGCAUGCCGCAUUGUUCGGUCGAGCCGCCCUCGUUGCCCGCGACCCAGACAGGUUCGACUCGGUCUCAGAGCUCGACGAGGCGGAGCGCACGGCGCUUGCUUAUGAGAAAGCCCACAAAUGGCACGGCCCAAAGAUGCUGUGGUACUCGAUCGGCCUUUGCGCGGUCGGAGCUGCUACUCAGGGAUGGGACCAGACUGGCUCCAACGGCGCCAACUUGUCUUUCCCUGAGGAGUUUGGGAUCCACGGGAAGGGCCGGGACGAGUGGAUUGUGGGUGUGAUCAACGCCAUCAUCUUCCUGACGGCGGGUCUCAUCGGUGCUUUCAUUGUCGACCCUCUAAACCACUACUUUGGCCGUCGAGGCGAGAUCUUCAUCACUGCUGCCUGUCUGACCGCCACUCCAAUUGGAUCCGGAUUCGCGAAAUCAUGGCAAGGACUAUUCGCUGCGCGGUUUGUCAUGGGCAUUGGCAUUGGUGCCAAGAACGCCACUGUUCCGAUAUACUCUGCAGAGAUGGCCCCGGCUCGCGUCCGUGGAGCUCUUGUCAUGUUCUGGCAGCUCUGGGUCGUAGCAGGCAUAUUUUUGGGAUUCUGCGCCAACGUUAUCGUCAAGGACACCGGUGCUAUCGCGUGGCGCCUGCAACUCGGAUCCGCCUUUAUUCCAUCUUUGAUCCUCGGGAUUGGAAUUUUCUUCUGCCCCGAAUCCCCUCGCUGGCUUAUGAAGCAUGGUAGGCACGCUGAGGCAUUCAAAUCAAUGUUGCGACUCAGAGCCCAUCCGAUCAUCGCCGCCAGGGACUUCUACUACUCCUAUGUCAUCUAUGAGGAGGAAUUAAAGGAGGCUGCCGGCUCUACCUAUUUCUCCCGUCUUUGGGACUGCUUUGCAGUGCCUAGGAUCAGGCGAGCCAACUACGGCGCAUCAACUGUCAUGUUAGCUCAGCAGAUGUGUGGCAUAAACAUCAUCUCAUUUUACAGCUCGACGAUCUUUCAGGACGUCGGCUACUCUGCAACACAGGCUUUAUAUGCGUCUCUGGGCUACGGCGCCAUACAAGUUGUUUUCACGAUUCCUACACUCUUCUUGAUUGACACUAAAGGACGACGUACCUUAACCUUGAUCACUUUCCCUCUCAUGUGUAUAUUCUUAUUGGCCGCAGGCCUGUCUCUCUUAAAGACUACAGGCAGUAGAGGGGAACAGUUGGGACCUGUUGUUCUAUUCAUUUAUCUGUUCACCAUCUGCUACUCCCUUGGUGAGGGUCCUGUAGCUUUUCAGUAUUCUGCCGAAGUUUUCCCGACCAUCCAGCGAGAGCAGGGUAUGGCAUGGGCUGUGUGCAUCAACAACACCUUUGCCGGAAUUUUGAGUCUCACGUUUCCUCGAAUGAAAACAGUGAUGACACCAACAGGUGCCUUUGGCUUCUAUGCCGGUCUAAAUCUGAUCGCCUGGUUCAUGAUUUUCUGCUUUGUCAGAGAGACCAAGCAGCUUACUCUGGAGGAAAUAGACCAGGUCUUUUCGGUCCCCACAAAGGACUUCAUCUCGUAUGAGCUCACCAUUUGGCUUCCAUACUUCAUCAAGCGACACAUAUUCCGCCAAAAGAUCGCCAAGCCUCCGGCGAUUAUCGAGAAAGAAGCCAAGGUUGAGUCUAUCUUGGAGGCAUAG